AUGCGGGGUGGAGCUGAGCUGGUUCCAGCUUUAAUUCGAGACCUGAUAGAUAAUCACCAUGGCUCUUCUGGGCAGAGUGUCAAAUGCUUGGCAGAAGGCACACCCCUCCCCGAUGUGGAAUGGCUGGUUUGCAAGGACAUUAAGAAAUGCAACAAUGACACCUCAUGGACUCUCCUGACCAACAACAUCUCUGAUGUCACGGUGGAGACUCAUCUCGAUGAAAGGAACAUGGUAGCCAGUCAGGUGACUUUUCAGAAGGUGGAAGAAAUCAUGGCAGUUCGUUGUAUGGCAAAGAAUGACCUUCGGACUGUUACAAGGGAACUAAAGCUUGUGGCUCCUACCUUAAGAUCGGAACUCACUGUGGCUGCUGCUGUCCUGGUCCUCCUCGUGAUUGUAAUAAUCGCGCUGAUUGUCUUGGUAAUCAUAUGGAAACAGAAACCCAGAUAUGAGAUCCGAUGGAGAGUCAUUGAGUCUAUCAGCCCCGACGGCCAUGAAUAUAUAUAUGUGGAUCCUAUGCAACUGCCUUACGAUUCAAGAUGGGAAUUUCCUAGAGACGGACUGGUGCUGGGUCGAAUCCUUGGUUCUGGGGCUUUUGGGAAAGUAGUCGAAGGAACAGCCUAUGGAUUAAGCCGGUCGCAACCAGUGAUGAAAGUAGCUGUGAAGAUGUUGAAACCAACUGCAAGAACCAGCGAAAAGCAGGCGCUCAUGUCUGAAUUAAAGAUAAUGACUCAUCUUGGCCCCCACUUGAACAUCGUCAACCUCUUAGGAGCUUGCACAAAAUCAGGUCCAAUAUACAUCAUAACAGAAUACUGUUUUUAUGGAGACUUGGUGAACUACCUCCAUAAAAAUAGGGAUAACUUUCUGAGUCAACAUCCUGAAAAGACAAAGACCGACCUGGACAUCUUUGGCAUUAAUUCUGCAGAUGAGAACACUAGAAGCUAUGUCAUCCUGUCCUUUGAAAAUAACGGUGAAUACAUGGAUAUGAAACAAGCAGAAACAACUCAGUAUGUGCCCAUGUUAGAAAGGAAAGACAGAUCCAAAUACUCUGACAUCCAAAGAUCUGUGUAUGACCGCCCUGCUUCAUAUAAGAAAAAAUAUAAAUUGGAUGGGAAGAAUCUGCUUUCUGAUGACAAUUCAGAAGGCCUCAGUUUGCUGGAUCUGCUGAGCUUCACCUACCAGGUAGCCCGGGGGAUGGAGUUCUUGGCAUCAAAAAACUGUGUGCAUCGUGAUCUGGCAGCACGAAAUGUCCUCUUAGCCCAAGGAAAAAUUGUGAAGAUCUGUGACUUUGGGCUAGCAAGAGACAUUAUGCAUGAUUCCAACUAUGUUUCCAAAGGCAGUACCUUUCUUCCAGUGAAAUGGAUGGCACCUGAAAGCAUUUUUGACAACUUGUAUACCACAUUAAGUGAUGUCUGGUCCUAUGGCAUUCUGUUAUGGGAAAUAUUUUCUCUUGGUGGGACUCCAUACCCUGGCAUGAUGGUUGAUUCCACCUUCUAUAAUAAAAUAAAAAGUGGCUAUCGGAUGACAAAACCAGAUCAUGCUACCUCUGAGGUGUAUGACAUCAUGGUGAAAUGCUGGAACAGUGAACCUGAAAAGAGACCUUCUUUUUACCACUUGAGUGAAAUAGUUGAGAGUCUGCUGCCUGGUGAAUACAAGAAGAGUUAUGAUGGAAUUCACUUGGACUUCUUAAAGAGUGACCAUCCUGCCGUCACACGCAUGAGAGUGGACUGCGACAAUGCAUAUAUUGGUGUCACUUACAAGAAUGAGGACAAACUGAAGGACAGGGAGAGUGGAUUUGAUGAACAAAGACUCAGCGCAGACAGUGGCUACAUAAUUCCACUGCCUGAUAUUGAUCCUGUAUCAGAAGAUGAAUUGGGAAAAAGGAACAGACACAGUUCUCAGACGUCCGAGGAAAGCGCCAUCGAAACUGGAUCCAGCAGUUCGACGUUUGUGAAGCGGGAAGACGAAACCAUCGACGAUAUUGACAUGAUCGAUGAUAUCGGCAUGGAUUCCUCGGAACUCGUCGAGGACAGCUUCCUGUAACUCUGGAGAGUAGAGUGGACAACUUUUGAGCUGGGUACAACAGAAGAGAGAGGAAGAUCCAGAUAGAACUCGCGAACUUUCAAUUUGGUCAGGAAAGCCACUCUUAAAACAGAAGAUUUGCCAAUGCUCCUGCCUCAACCAGUGGUUUCAGAAUCUCCCUUGGCUCGUGAAAAACUGUGAAAAGCCACUUUUCAAGCAUCUUUCUUUGUUGAAGUUCUCCAUAGUAGCAGCCUUCAGCCUUGUUUGCUGUUUCGGUCGAUGGAUGAAUAAAGGGAAAAGGCCACGGAUACUUCAGUUUGUGUUUCAAGGGCAUUCAUAACUCAGACGGAUAAAAAUUCUACUAUGCUGAAUCAUUGUCGGUGUGAUUGUAUUGAAUAUCUGUUCCUACCAAGAUAUACAUUUUUUUUUAAAAAAAGAAGACCACUUAAGACUUUGGCAUUUUUACUUCCUUAAGUUUAUAUAAGCUGCUGGUGGAUUAUCACCUGAGAUGAAUCACAUAUCGAGGAGGAAAAAAAAA